AGCAGAGGCAACGAGGCUGAGAUCUGAUUAGCAGUGUAAAACGGGUGAGUUUAUACCACAGGGAUCUGCUGAGGAACUAACUCCUACCCCAGUCUGGGAUCUUCAGCUUAAGGAUUGCUUGUUUCACCUGCAUGGACAGCUCCUUUGACCACAUGUUGUCUGUUCACAGCAAAAUCUCCAAAUGCAAGCACCACACCUCAAAUCAGCUCCAGGCACGAGGACAUAACGAAGGAUGGUUGAUGUAACAGUUGUUGGGACACUUUUAUUACACUUACAGUAAUGUAAAGCAUCGUCUUGAUUGAUAUUAUCCCUUAUUUUCAGGGAUUCCACAUGGGAGGUGAAGAACCACAAAUUGUUCAUAGUUAAAGCAAAGCUAAGCGCUACAUAUCUUUAUGCAUGCUCAAACAACUGGGUAAGUACAUCCCAGAAAGUUGAUUCUUUUCAUCUGGAUGCAGCAUUUUUGGUGGGAGAAACGUAAUGCAAGCUCUUACAAUGCUGUGGUUGCAUUGAAAGUACCCUCAGUGCACAACCGGCCAAAGUGCCACAAAGACUGUUGGUGCGACACGUGAUGGGACGCCAAGAUCGAGCAUAAAAACACGAUCAGUCUCCUCAGAUCGUGACCUGUCCUGAUGAUAAGAGGGUUGUAUGACGGUGUUAAAAACAGAGCCAAAGGGUCUGACUGUCCAAGGUGGACAGCUGUGCAGGUCUUGGAGGAUCCUCUGAUGUUGGUGUAAACCUGAUCCAGUGUUUUUCCAUUCCAUGUUCCAAUGGGAACAUUUUUGUGGCACAGGUUUGUGUGGUUAAAGUCCCCCGCCAUGAUAAAGGAACUAGCCGGAAGCCUUGUUGUUUACUGAUGGCAUUGUGCAGUCUACUCACAGCUAAUUUUGCACUGGUCCGUAGAUGACUUUACACAGCAAAGACAAACAGUGCGCUACGUUCAUUGCUGAGAUGAAAAGGUGUCCAUUUUAGCAAUGUGAACUCCAAGUCUGUCGAAAAUGUCUUUCUCUAACAGUGACAUCAGUCAAGAGUUGUCUUUCAACAAAUCCACACACCUCUUCCUUUGUUCUUCUCAGCCUCUGGUGUGCAAUCCACUCUGUAGACACUGUGCCCCUGUGUUUCCACAGCUGCAUCUGGGAUGUUUUUAAUACAGCCAUGUGUCGGAAUUUAUUGUUACACACCUGUCACUGACAAACUACAGUCUCAAAUCAUCCGUUUUGUUGAAAAGUGAGCGAGAACAGACAAGAACUAAACUGUGCCAAGACUAACGUAGCCUGGCUCUUCAUCAGAGUGCGUGCAGGUCCAGUCAGUUUCGAUUCCAGGGCAGAAUUUCUAAAAAAGAGAUUUGGCUUUGAGGUGGAUCAGUGUUCUUUUUGUACUGAUGAAAAUGAAACCCUAAAACAUCUUUUUUUUUCUAUGCCCUAUCACACAGUGUUUUUGGUGUGACAUAAAAAAUUGGAUUUCUCUAAAAAUUAAUGAUGUGCCACCAUUUGAACUAUAUCAUAUUGUUUUUAUGUGGAUCAUCUAACUUUGGAUGUCUCUGACAUAUUAACAUCAUCAUAGUAUUGGGUAAAUAUUAUAUCCAUUGUGCUAAAUGGAGGAACUCUAAGCCUUCUUUCCCUGGUUUUGUUAAUGAUUUUAAGUUCUUUUUUUCUUCGCUUAAAAAGGUAAAGAGCAAAUAUGCCAAAAAAAUUACCAGGGUAUUGCCCAUCUCCUGCUAUUCUAAAUUUUGACUUUUUUUUUUUUCCACUGCUCCCUUUUAUGCACAAUUUAAAUGCCUGCCAUGUAUCUUUUCUGUUUUUUUAUUGUAUUUUUUAUUCGUUUAUUUAUUUAAUUUUCUAUUAUUCCCCUAAUGCUGUAUUUCUUGUACUGUUGUACUGUUUCUAAUUUUCAUUUGUAUUAUUAUCCGUGUUACCCUCUUCGAGAGUUUGUUUUUGCAAUUGCGCAAAAAAAAAAAAAAGUUUGUUUUCCGGAUCACGUGACCACUGCCUUCAUGACGAUUCAUACGCGGGUUCCUCAUCCGGCUCCUGAGAUGCGUUAAUACCGCCGCCAUAUUGCAACGGGGUUCUUUGGGUCAGCCCAAAAUAAUAGAACAUGCCAGACUUUUGUGCCGCUCUCGGGUGCUCUAAUCAAAGAAACGCCAACACCAAGCAGCAGGGAAUAACUUUUCACAGGUUCCCGAAGGACAAAGUUAAAAGGCAGUUAUGGAAAAUGGCCCUGAAGAGAAGAGACUUUGAGCCAAAUGACCGCUCGGUUGUCUGCAGCUGUCAUUUCAAAGCAGAAGACUUUGACAGGACUGGACAGACAACUCGUAUAAGAGAAGGAGUGAUUCCAUCAGUUUUUCUAUUUACAAGACAUCUUGGCAAGGCACAUACUGCAACCAGAACAAGCAGGACCUCUCAGAAAGCUGCAGAACAACCCCCACAGGUGCAGGCUGUGGAGCCCACAGCAUCUGAUCAUCAGUAUGCUCUAGACCCAGUGCAAGUAAAAAAGCGGUUAAAUGAGGCCCGGGAGAAGUUGGAGGAAUUGCGUCGGGACUUAAGAAAUGCUAAGGAUCGGGAAAGAAGGCACAAAAAGACAGUAAAAAGCUUGCUGGAGGAUUUGAAACACAAACACAUACUCUCAGAAGAACUGCAGCAAAGACUGGAUGAUAUUCUGCUUGGGUAAACUGUGGCCUCUCUUUGUGUCUCCACUGGCCUGAGGUGUUCCUAAAAAAAACAAAAAAAAAGUUGCUCAGAUUUGAUAUUAAAGUUCUUAAAAAAUAUCUCCAAAAGUUGAAUCUGUUCAUCUGGACGUAGCGUUUUGUGGGAGAAACGUUUCGUCACUCAUCCAUCCGUUUCUCCCACAAAACGCUACAUCCAGAUGAACAGAUUUACUUUCCUGGAUGAUUGAGAAUGCAUCAAGACUUCUUAAAAAAUAGUGUUUCCAUAACACCAUAUGGGUUAUAUUAGUGUGAUCCUUUGUAAAUGUUCAAAAUAAAAUCUAUAACACUUUAAAAAAAAAAUCAUAACAAGUGAAGUGAUAAACAGUCACUGUAGAAUUUUAUCAAACAUUUAUACUGGAAGCAAAGGAACCUCUCACUCAUGUUUCAUUAAGUGCUCGUCAGCAAGCAGACCCAGUGCAUCACCUGAGAGCAGAUCAAUGUUAUCUGCCACUCAGGAAGCGGUUCCUCAAAGACCACUUUGUUCAGUGUUAAAAAGUAUCCUUCUGGAAGACUUCAAGUGAGAGUUGGGCUGCUUUGACUGACAAACGUACCAGCACAGCUCGCUGUGUGCUGCUGUUCCAGGCUUUAGAGCAAUUUAAUGGAAUUAUCUGACAAAUAAUCUGACCUGCUGUGUUGUGGUUUUAAGGCCUGAUAUUGCACGUAAUCUAAGCAGUCUUGCAGACACAGCAUGCUAACGAUGUCUUAGUCAGGAGCCUCUAAGAUCCACUCCAGAAGGCUCAUCUUGUAUCUCAUGGCAGUUUCGUAUAAUCCCGCAGCUUUUUACUUUGACAUUAGAUUUUAUGUGACUAUUAUCAAUUCUUUCCUUUUUUGUUGAACUAUUCUAUUGUCUGCUACACAAACCCAAAUUCUUAAGCAUUAACAAGCUGUCCUUUUAAGCACAACUUGGUUCAUCCGUGUUAUAGAGCUCAACCUUCCUGCAGCUCCUCUGCAGUAACAUUAAGCACACCUUUGAUCUCACGAGUAUUCCUUGUCCAAUCAGACCUCGAUUACUCGAGUACUCUUACAAUAAAUUAUUUCAUCUCUUGUA